CUGGAACCAUGCAUUUUUGUAUGGGCUGAAGGGAGAUAUAACCGAAACUUUCAUAGAGAUGAGUAUACGUUAACAAAGCUGCAACAAUGUCGUGCUGUGUAAAUUGGAAAGUUUCAAAAUAGUGCGCGCUCUCUCCCUCUCUCUCUCUCUCUCUCUCUCUCUCUCUCUCUCUCUCUCUCUCUCUCUCUCUUUAUCUCAGUAUCAUUAUAUCUCUUUCAUACACACUCUCUACCCUCGUCGGUCAACCCCAACCCACGUCUCUGCCUCUCCCACAAUAUUUCUUUCCCUCUAUUAAUCUGUUCCUAUUUCUCUCUCUCUGAUAUUGGACGAAGGAUUUCCCUGUCCACUCCGCAAUUUUGUCGGUCCACCUCUAUUUUUGCCUUUCUCCCUGCACAGUUCCCUGAAGAAUGGUCUUGGAAAGGCCACACGGCCUUGUGACAUGGCCAUACCAAUUCAUUUUUCGUUAGACUUGCUGUCUAUUGUGUGAGACCAUGCUAUAUUGCUAUACAUUUCAGCCCACUGGCCGCAUCAUGAUCGCAGACCUGAUCCUGUUCUGCCUGGUUCUUACCAUAUUAUUUGUUAUCGGAGUCAGCCUUUUCCAGCCCAGAAAAGGCAAGAUACCCGGUCCCCCAUUCCUGUACGGACUUCGCACGGUGCUCGCUUCCCUGAGGAAGAAUAACCUCCACGUCAUCGCGGAGACCUGGGCCAAACAGUACGGCGACCUGGUCGAGGUGGACGCCGGGCUCAACAAAAUCGUCUUCAUCAACGACCCAGAGCUCGUUCGACGUCUGUUCUGCGACCUGGAAUGGCGCGACAUCACCAAUGACCGGCCUCCCACCUUCAUGGGCGAGUACAUAUGCGGGAACUAUAUGGAUAUCCUGACCGCCAAUUUCAGCCCGGGACUGACGAAGAGAAGGAAGCUGUUUCACAACGCGCUCAAGUUUUACGGGGAGGGAGUCCACACGUUUGAGAGUCUCAUGCAGAAAACGACGGGAGAACUGGUGGGUAGAAUCAAACAACACGAAGGGAAUGUACCUCUCUUUCAAGAAAUUGUCAACUACAUCUGCUUCGUAGUGGGCGUAAUUCUGAAGGGGGAAAACACUACAGAUGCUGAUUUGGACAUUAUCAGAGAUAUGAAUACCAAUAUAAACAAAUGCUUCCGGUUUGAAAACGAGACGCUAAUGCGAUAUUUUCCCUUUCUCCGAUUCGUGCCUGGACUCCGGAUAAAAAAGAGUGUCGAUGAUUUGAUGUUUAGUGCUAAAAAAACAGAAGAGAAUUUUUUCUGGAAGAUUCGAGAAUCGUCUAACAGAAGCGAUGGGAAAGACAGCAAUGAUGGUGGCGGUAUCGUGGCUUGCCUAUUGGAAAUGCAAAAGAAAAUGCGAGAGGAAAACCUCCCAGACGCACCCUCUGACGCCGUGGUUGUCAAUUUGAUCAUCGAUGUCUUGGGAGGUGCUUACCUCAGCACGGCCAGUUCUCUGACCAGCCUGUUCCUGAACCUCAUCAAAAACCAGAAGAUCCAGGACCGAAUCCACGAGGAGAUCGAAGACGUGAUUGGUGAUGAAGUUCCAAGUUUUGAACAUCGGCGCCUCAUGCCAUACACGGAAGCUGCUAUCUUAGAGUCCUUCCGAAUCUCCAGCGUGUCUCCUUUCUCCGUGCCCCACUUCGCCAACAACGACUUUACCGUCGACGGGCGCACCGUCAAGAAAGGCAGCGUUCUCCUACAGAACACCUGGUACUUCCACCACAGUGAGGACCUUUGGCCGGACCCCUGGACGCUCAAGCCGGAGCGAUUCCUGGACGAGAGUGGUCAGCUGCUGGACUCUAACCACCCUGUCCGCCGGAACCUGAUCGUCUUUGGCACUGGACGCCGGAUAUGUCCCGGAGAGAGCCUUGCCAGGUCACGUGUCUUCCUCAUUCUUGUCACCCUGCUACAAAAGUACCGCUUCCUGCCUCCCUCCGGUGUUGAGCUUCCUUCAUCUUCCCCCAUAAACUGGACGCCUGACAUUGUUUUCUUCUCCGACCCCUACAUGUGCAAGGUCGAGGCUAAAUCUUAAGUCUGGCGCUCCAGAUACCUUGAGAAUGUUGGAAGAAUCACUUGUCAAAUCUAGGUCACAUCAAAGUGUCACAAUAUUUUAACGACAGAAGAUAUCAGUUGAGUAUGAGUGAAAGAAAGCACAUCGACACGACAACAACAAUAGUGUACAGGAAAAGCAAGAUAAAUCAGAACGAAACAACAGAGGAAGAGCACAGAAUCGGAACCUACCAAUGGCGGCCUCCGAGCACUCAUCCCUACACACACAUGAAGGUAGCAAGGGCAAAACGAGAGAUGUCAGGUUUCGUAAGUUUUGAGAAAACGAAAAUCUAUUUUUGAAGGUUUCUGGUCAUCGCUGUGCGCAUAGCUGAUGUUUUUCCUUAAAAUGACGUAUAUAUCUGCUGUUCCAAAAUCGAUAACAGCGAGAAAACAGUUAAUAAUGUCUUCAAUUUAGCGCGGGUCUGAAUCAAAUUUGAGGGGUGUUAUGUUUGAUUAUUUUGGAUACAAUAAUCUGUGCUCAAAUUUGAACUGGUCAGACAGGCACCGCUGCAUCAGCCAUAUUUUGGAGCAAUCCAGAAAAGGCAUGUUUCAUUUGAACAUAAUAAAAUAAUAUGUUAAAUUCAAGCCCACAAAGAUGCUUCAAGCUUGUUAUUGCAGGGAGUAUGGAGUUGAUUAUAGAUCUAGAUCUAGUACACCUUCUAAAAGAGGGUACAAACAAUUCAAAUUGAGAGGACAUCGGUAAAGAAACCUUUUAUGGAAGGGAGUAAGCAUUAACAAAACGGGGCAAAAUGUUGGAAAUGGGGAAACAGUUUGCGCGUCUGUCGUGACAACGCUACACAAGUCCGCUCGAGGACGUAGCAGUGAACUAGGCUUGUUCAAGUACCAGACUUUAAAAAUCUAAAAGCCUGAUUUUUUUUAAAAUGAAGCCACGUCACAUUUUAAUCAAGUGAGACAGAGUGAUAAUUUUUACGACCUGUUUUCUAAAACAAGGAGGCUCAUUUCUAAUGACUGGUAAAAGCAAUUCCAGGACUUCUGGGAACUGAAUCAGUUCUGGGGCUCAGUGGGGUGGCUCUUCGGUUGUGGGGCAAAAGAUCUGCAAUGGUUGAUGCAGUAUGGGGCAGCCGGUCACACUGCGGAACGUGUUUUGACCUGACUGAAGGGGCAUAUUUGCGAUGGCGCCAUCAGACCUUUAACAGAGCACUCAGGUGCGCAACACAGUCCAGUUUUGAACACAUCUGACUUUCCUUAAAACUUUUCUUUUCCUUUGAAUUGUCUCAAAGAUCAAAUCCAAAGCCUUUGGGACCUCAACAUGGAGUUUGUGAGAGCUACCACGCCGAGGCAGUGUGAGAACGCUACACAACGUUUUUGUCAGUACGUGUAUACGCAAAUACAUUGUACGUGAUGGGGUCGAGUGGAGCAUCUUUUGUAAAGAUGACAGUCCUAAUGUAGAUUUCUUUUUCAUGUAAUAAAUUAUUGUAACUGUCGA